GUAAUCCCCGUCGCCCGCGGCUGGCUGGCUGUACCCUCUUCAGUCUCUCAAACACAACAACAACUCCACAGCCAGAUCAUAACUGACCGCACUAGAACACGUAUAUUCCUGCAGCCCGUGCAGCCUGGCUGCAGCCCGACAUCCCUCCUUGCUACCGACUACUACCCUUUUCAUCACGCACGCCUGUAUUUACUGAACCUCUUUCUGAGAAACAAUCAAAUCAUUAGAAUACAUGGUCCUAACCCUAGCCAACCAUGGAACACCCGCCUCCAUCUCAUUACGAUGAGUUAUCCCCUCCUUCCUCGGUAGCGGGCCAGAUCUGGGACAUGGCGCUCACGGACCCCGACUAUGCCUCCCAUAUCCUCGACUCCAACGACACCGCCGCUCCCGUCUCCGCGCGUCUCACAAGACUAGCCCAUCUGGCAUCCCACUUCAAUCCGACCUCCAAAUCCGACUCCAUGACCCUUCACCACUGUCUCGAGACCCUCGAAUCCCUGCUGGACCCACGCCCAGCCUUGACGCAAGAGCUCGCCCGAUGCCGUCCUAUGAGCCAUUCCCGACAGUCCAACUCCAUCGCUUCCAUCUCCACGACCGACUCCCAAGAUUUGGGCGAUUCCGUCGCUUCGCUCGAAGAGAUGUCACACCCUCCUCUCAAGGAUAUCUUGAGAGAAGUUACGACACUCAAAGUGGAAUUCGACCGUCGUCGUAAGGAGUCGUCCGAGAUAUACGAGUUGCUCACACGAGAACGCGAAACACUAGCUCGGAAGAUCGGCGAACUAGAUGAUGAAAUUCACGAACUAAAUACAGACAUUCUCGAAGACACCGCUGAGCGGGAAGCGAUCCAAGGCACGAUACGAGGGCUCGAGAGUUGGGUGGAUGAAUGGCACAAACAGCGCCUAUUGAUUGCCGCUAAAAAACAAAGUGCUGCCUCACGGCGAAAUGGUCAACGAAGAUGGACGAAAUGCAAAGUCGAAGAGGUCGAGGGCGACAGCGAAGCCCUGUUCGAGGGAAUAACGGCAUGGAUGCGAGGAUGGAAGGACGUCGAGGAGGUUUUUCGCAUCCGAGAGCAGAAUCGCACUUUGAGAAGGGAAGAAAGACAGAAGACACGGGCGAAAUACGUAUGA